UAAGUAUCUCAGCGUCUCUUCUCUCUCUCUGUCUCUCUAGCUAAAGUUGCUAGUGUUUCCUCUCGCUCCUUGGAACCUUAUCGGGAGCGGCAGCAGAAAAUGGCUUCGUCUUCUUUGUUCUUCCCUUCGUUCUCUACCCACACCCUAUCUUUCUCUAAAACCCAGAACCCUUCUGUCACUCUCUUCUCUACCGUCUCCCUAACUUCUUCUGCCAAAUGUAACAACAGGGCUACAACGAUUUCCUUCUCAUUUCCCUCAAAGAUUAGGAGGUGCGUUGGCCUUUCGUCGUCCCGUUUCACUCCUAAAGUAGCCAUCUCAUCUCAAUUCGAGCAAGAGGAGGAUUUCAUAACCGAAGAUGAACGGACUUUCUCUCCUAAUUUGAAACUCUUUGUGGGUAACCUCCCUUUCAAUGUUGACAGCUCAGAGCUUGCUGGAUUGUUCGGACGCGCCGGAAAUGUUGAGAUGGUCGAGGUUAUUUAUGACAAGAUGACCGGAAGAAGCCGGGGUUUUGGGUUUGUGACUAUGUCUACCCUCAAGGAAGUCGAUGCAGCUGCUAUGCAGUUCAAUGGCUAUGAACUUGAAGGAAGGCCAUUGAGAGUGAACGCUGGACCUCCACCUCCCAAGGAAGAAGGUUUUUCAAGGGGACCUCGAGGUGGAGGUGGGGGAAGUUUUAAUGCUGCCAAUCGGGUUCAUGUGGGUAACCUAUCAUGGGGUGUUGAUGAUUUAGCUCUUGAAUCCCUGUUCAGUGAACAAGGAAAGGUAAUGGAGGCCAGGGUUGUGUAUGACAGGGAAAGUGGUAGAUCAAGGGGUUUUGGGUUUGUCACCUACGGUUCUGCUGAAGAGGUGAACAAUGCAAUUUCAACUCUCGAUGGUGUUGACUUGAAAGGCAGAUCGAUCCGAGUAACCAUGGCAGAAACCAAGCCAAGGCGCCAAUUUUGAUUUCUGGAUCUUCUCUACCUCCUUCCUUGAUCAAGAAAAGACUUAUGGUGGUAUCGCAUCAUAACAGCUUGGAGCUCUCAGCAUUUUGAUUGGUUGGGAUUGUGAUGACUAUACUUCGGUAGCUAUCUCCAAGUGCUGUAUCUAUCUCUGGUUUUUUUUUUUUUUAUUUACUUUUUGGCAUUAUAUGGCUAACAAGGUAAUGGACUCCGGUAUGAGAUCUUUCAGAGGAUAUGUUUUCUUCA